UUACUUUUGAGUGGGCAAUUCUCAACCUUGUUAUUGUGCUAUAUAAUUCUCAGGUUUUUCCAGCAAACAAGGACAGAAAUACAGUCACUGAACAUCUACUCGUGACAGCAUUCAGUGCUCGACUCAUUCGAUUUCACCCCAAGACCUACCAUGGACAUACGUCUAUGAGAGUCGAAGUGUAUGGCUGCAGAAAUGUUCACAGUUGUUCAGUGUCACUCGGUAUGGAAGACAAACGCAUCCCUGACGGUGCGUUUACAGCUUCUGGUAGUCAUGACAACAACCACAGACCUUCGCUUGCAAGACUGAACAUUUUGUCUGAUGGCAAACAUGUUGGUGCCUGGUGUCCAAAACAUAAAAGCACUAAUCAGUGGCUCCAGAUAGACUUGGGAGAAAUCACUGCAGUUACAAAAGUGGCAACUCAAGGCCGGUACAACACUGAGGACAGGGUUAAAACGUACACGCUUUCAUACAGUGUGGAUGGAAUGCACUGGAUUAGCUACAAACAACGUGCUACUGAAAAGGUCUUUGCUGGGAACACUGACAGAAACACUGUCAUUGCACACUCUCUUAGACCUCACAUCGAUGCUCGCUUCAUCCGCUUUCAUCCAAAGACCCACAAUCAUAAUGUACCUUGCCUGAGAGUUGAACUGUAUGGCUGCCGAAAAGUGAAGAACUGUCUUAUGCCUGUGGGGGUGGAGGACGGUAGAAUUCCUGAUGAAGCAUUCACAGCUUCGUCCUCAGCAAGUUCCAGCUAUCUUCCAAAUAGAGGCAGACUCAACUUAUUACCAAGUGGUGGGAAAUCUUGUUGGUCAGCUGGUCAGAAUAAUGCCAACCAGUGGCUUCAGGUAAACCUGGGCCAGUUGCACAACAUAAGAGGCGUGGCCACUCAGGGUCGACAUGAUGCUAAUCAAUGGGUGACCAGUUUCUCAUUGGCUUACACCGCAGACGGCUUCAAUUGGGUUUACAUCCUGGAAAACAGUCAAGUCAAGUUGUUUCACAGUGAUUUACUUCGUUUCGACAUGUCCCGAAUAAACUAUAAUAGCCAAACUCUCGCAGUUCACAGUUGUUCAGUGUCACUCGGUAUGGAAGACAAACGCAUCCCUGACGGUGCGAUUACAGCUUCCAGUAGUGUUGACAAUACGCACAGACCUUCACUUGCAAGACUGAACAUUUUGUCUGAUGGCAAACAUAUGGGUGCCUGGUGUCCAAAGGUGAAAAGCACUAAUCAGUGGCUUCAGAUAGACUUGGGAGAAAUCACGGCAGUGACAAAAGUGGCAACUCAAGGCCGGUACAACAGUGAGGACAGGGUUAAAACGUAUACGCUUUCAUACAGUGUGGAUGGAAUGCACUGGACUAGCUACAAACAACGUGCUACUGAAAAGGUCUUUGCUGGGAACACUGACAGAAACACUGUCACUACACACUCUCUUAGACCUCACAUCGAUGCUCGCUUCAUCCGCUUUCAUCCAAAGACCCACAAUCAUAAUACACCUUGCCUGAGAGUUGAACUGUAUGGCUGCCGAAAAGUGAAGAACUGUCUUAUGCCUGUGGGGGUGGAGGACGGUAGAAUUCCUGAUGAAGCAUUCACAGCUUCGUCCUCGGCAAGUUCCAGCUAUCUUCCAAAUAGAGGGAGACUCAACUUAUUACCAAGUGGCGGGAAAUCUUGUUGGGCAGCUGGUCAGAAUAAUGCCAACCAGUGGCUUCAGGUAAACCUUGGCCAGUUGCACAAUAUAAGAGGCGUGGCCACUCAGGGCCGACAUGAUGCUAAUCAAUGGGUGACCAGUUUCUCAUUGGCUUACACCGCAGACGACUUCAAUUGGGUUUACAUCCGGGAAAACAGUCAAGUCAAGACGUUCCUAGGCAACAGCGACAGAGCCACAGUUACAAAAUAUUUCUUCAAUCCAGACACUCUGGUUUUUGCCAGAAGCGUUCGGUUCCAUCCUAAAGCUUGGGCUGGUCACAUCUCGAUGCGAGUAGAGAUUUAUGGUUGCAGAGAAGCUCGUAGUUGUUUUCUACCUCUGGGAAUGGAGAGUGGCCAUCUUCCAGACAGCGCAAUAUCAGCAUCGACAUACUAUGACGCCAAUCACAUUCCCCAGUUUUCCCGCCUUAACAAGAUCCCAGCUUCGGGUAAGGCCGGGGCCUGGUGCACGAGCACUAACAAUGGUAAUGAAUGGCUGCAGGUUUACUUUGGUCGGGAAACGACAGUCACCAAAGUGGCGACUCAGGGGACGUAUAAUACUAAUAACCGGGUAACAAGCUACAGUUUGUCCUACAGUGUUGAUGGAUCGCAUUGGGCCUGGUACAGACUUGUUGAUGGACACAUUAAGGUGUUUGGAGGUAACAUCGACCGUAACACUCCAGUUUAUAAUUCUCUGCAUUCGCCAGUUCAAGUCAAGUAUCUGCGUUUCCACCCCAAGACUUGGUCAGGUCACAUUUGUACGAGAGCAGAAGUGUACGGCUGCCAGGAAGGCUAUCAGUGCUCCAUGUCACUUGGGAUUGAAGAUGGUCGAAUUCCAGCCAGUGCCUUGACUGCCUCAACUGUUCACAGCGCUGCCUGUGCGGCCACGUUCGCCCGUUUAAACUUGGCAGCUGCUUCAGGUAAGGCAGGAUCCUGGUGUGCCAAGACGAAUAACGUCAACCAAUGGCUACAGAUUGAUCUGGGAACUCCCACAACCGUUACCAAAGUAGCGACACAAGGAAGACAAGAUGCUUCUCAAUGGAUAACUAGUUACUCGCUGUCUUACAGCCUCGCAGGUUCUUUUUGGGUUCAGUAUACAGUGCGGGGUAAAAAGAAGGUUUUUCGGGGCAACUUUGAUCGGGACUCCAUUGUUGCUCACAAGAUCUUCCCGCCAUUCCAUGCCCGUUUUGUCCGAAUCCAUCCGUUGACAUGGCACAGCCAUAUCAGCAUGCGUGCUGAGCUGUACGGCUGUCCGAUCAAGGGAAUCUGAGGAAGAGAAAGCUCAGUCAGGCGCCGUAGAAACGGGAGACGGUGCAGCAACUUGAAGUACAUGGAGUAGUUGUAGGGGUUUUGUUUGUGAUAUCUUCAAGUUUAUAGAAUAUAGAAUAAAGA